AUGACGCAGUACGACUCUAUCGGCUCAUCUUAUAAUGUUAUCGAGAGCAAUCCGUAUCGAGCCAUAGAAAAAGAUAAUGUGCACUCAGCGAUUGAACCAUUUCUUAAGCCACACAUGUCUGUUCUCGAAUUCGGCUGCGGGACAGGGUUUUACUCGUCUGCUCUUGUAGAUUGGGGAGUGAAUCAUCUAACGAGCAUGGAUAUUUCAGCUGUGAUGCUUGAUGGCGCGAUGGCUCGGCUUCCAGCUGAAUUAUCUUCUGGAAAGGUGCGCUUUGAGAAAGGAGAUGGAGCAGUGCCAACUUCUUUCGCCCCAGACAAGAGUUCAGGCUAUUUCGACAUGGCAGUCGGCGCUUGGUUCCUCAACUAUGCAUCGGACAAAGCAACAUUAAUAAACAUGUUCAAGAACAUUUCCUUGAAUCUCAAACCAGAUGGCUUCUUUAUAGGAAUUGUUCCACAUCCUACUGAAGAGUUUGCCGAGCGAAUUAAAUCGUAUCAAAAGCCUCCUCUUAAUAGGCUUCUGCCGCGCAAUCAAUACACCGAAGAGCUUAGUUCAGGCGACGGGUGGACUUCUCGAGUGUUUUUAAGUGAGGACGGAGUGGACUUUAUGACUUGGCAUUUGAAGAGAAGCAUUUAUGAACAAGCAGCCCGUCUGGGCGGUAUGAAUGGGAGAUUCGAGUGGAGGCAUGAAGCUCUACCGCAGGAUGCGAGAGAAAUAUUCGGGUUGACAAAUGAAGAGUGGAAAGUUAGACUUGCAAACCCGCAUAUGGGAAUUUUACUUGUUUGGAAAAGCUGA